UGAAGGCUGAAACCUAACCCUAAACAUAAAUCUGAACAUGUGCUGUGAUGUGAUUACAAUUUUCCGGCGGUAAAGUAUUACAGUUUUCCUUUUGUGAACUUUCAAAUUUGGAUUAUGUGGAACCAAUAACACUUUGUAAGGAUGCCAUCCGACUCCAAAAGAAUAACCGGCCCUGAAACCACCAUACCUUAUCAUUAUUAUCUAUCAGACUUCAGUCGCAAACCAGACUUCAAAGAUCCCAAAGUUGGAGAAAGGAAAAACGGUAGAUUACCAAACGAACAUAGGCCUGUUUUUUUGAAGACUGGAGUUAACUCUCAAGCCAAAGGUUCUGCAUAUCUUGAAUACGAAAACACCAAAGUGAUCUGCUCCGUCUUUGAUCCGAGAGAAAUUCCGAAUAAAAAUGAGUUCAGUCCAAUGGGAGAGUUAUAUUGUGAGUUCAAGUUUGCACCGUUUUCUUGCAUCAAAAGACGAGGACACAUCAGAGAUGCUGAGGAGAAGGAACUAAGUUUCAGUUUAAGGAGAGCCCUUGAACCUGCUGUUUGUCGGCAUGAGUUUCCUAACUUCCAAGUGGAUAUUUACGUCUACAUUUUGGACAGUGAUGGCUCAGAUUUAGCUGCUGCAAUCACCUGUGCAAGUCUUGCUCUAGCCGAUGCAAGUGUUCCUAUGUAUGAUCUUGUCACAGCUGUCUCUGUGGGCAUCUGCGGCCAUUUGCAAUUCGUGGAUCCAACGAACGAAGAAGAGCAGCUUUGCAAGAAAACAGCUUCCGCUGAAAGUAUUGACCCUCAAGCUGUUAUUACGUUGACUUACAUGUCAACAUUAGAGCAAGUCUCUGAAUUCACAAUAUCAGGAACUAUAGGUGUAAAUCACUUGGAAGAUAAGAUACCUGCUCUCAUUAAACAUUGUAACGCUAUCUACCCCCUCUUGCAACAAUGUCUAAUAAAAAAUGUCAAGAAAAGUCUAGGCAAGAAAAAAUAUUCUUAGGUUAUUAUAUAGGUGUAAUAAAUUUUAUAUUUUAAUUUUUCAA